AUGGAACCAAAUACUAUAUCAGUGUUUGGAAGAGUAUUGCAAGAUGACACCCUUAACAAAAUAAACCAGACAGAUAAUAGCACAGUCAUUAUCACGCCAAGAUAUAAUACAACAGGCCAAACUGAGCUUAAAAUCGGCCUACUGUUACCUUUUAGCCAAAAAAAGGAUAACUUGACAGCAAAGAUUGUAUGGGGUGGCAGCUCGGCAAUAAGAAUGGCUAUAAAUGAUAUCAACCAACAGCAGAUGAUACCAGGUGCUUACAUCACUCUUAUCGAGAAAGAUUCCUUUCCAGAUACUUCAGUCGAUCAAAUGUCGGUUACCAAUGCUGUUUAUUCGUCCAUCACAUUAUUACAGCAAGGAGUGAUAGGCGUAAUUGGCGAUAUAUCGAGUUCUUGGACUAGUUUAAGUGCACUCAUGUCAUCAACAUUAGGAAUACCUCAAUGUUCAUUUACUGCUAAUGCCAUUGCUCUAUCCGACAAAUCACAGUAUAAAUACUUUUUUAGAACCAUACCUACUCAAGUCAUCAUUGCUGAUGUUAUGCUUGAAUUUGCAUCAAAAGAAGGCUGGAAGAAAUUAGGAGUACUAUAUACAGAUGAUCCGCUCGGUCAACAAUUCUAUCAACGCACCAUUAUCCAAGCUGGUACUAUGGAUAUUCGGAUCACACAGCAUCAGCCUGUCCCGGUCACGGAGGAAGAAGACAGUCUGAAUUCGGCACUGACAAACUUGACAGAGAGUGGAGCACGGAUUAUCAUGGUCGCAGCGAAUCCUUCUAGCAAGAUCAUGAUUCAAGCUAGACAGUUGGGACUUAUCAAUAAUGACUAUGUCUGGUUACUGAUGGGCGAUACAAGUGAAGAUCUUCAAAAACAGAUAGAUGUAUACAACAAGAAUCAUACAGAUCGUCAGAUAAACUAUGCGACUGAUUUUCAAGGUCUUUUCAUGUUUGAUAGUUGGUUGGCACUUUAUGGAUAUCCACCAUUCGAGGCAUUCCUCGACAAAUGGGCGACUUUAAAUCCUGAAGCAUAUCCUUUUGCUGGUUACAGAAAUUUAAGUUACUAUGAAGGGUUAGCCUAUUCUUGUAUGAUGGUGAUGGCCAAAGGCUUUGGGAAAUUGAUCCAGGAUAGUAACAAUCAAACAGAUCAGUUACUUAAAUUGGCAUCUGGCGGUUUGGGUGAUCAACUGUUACCUCCUAUAUUUAAUAUAAACUAUGUUGGACCUGAGGGACCAAUGGUGUAUGAUCAAAAUGGUGAUCUGACCACAGGAAACUACCUGGUGUAUAACCUGCAACGCGGCAAUAAAGUCACCAUUGGUCAAAGCACAGGCGGUAAUCUUAACAUUAUUUCGCCACCCAUGUUCUUUGAUGGCUCUAUUCAAGCUCCUCUAGAUUCACCACCUAGUUUAGCAUUGAAUCCAGAUUUUGGUUCUCCUAUUGCUAAUGUGAUACUCAUCUUGUCCUCAUGCGGUAUCAUAUUCUCAAUCAUUUGCUUCAUCAUUGUUAUGAUGUAUCGUAAACACGAAGUAUUCAAAGCAUCAAGCCCAACAUUCUGCUGUCUAGAACUCAUCGGGUUUAUUCUAACUUACAUAUCUGUUACCAUGAUGAUCGGCAUACCAUCAGCAACCUCGUGUAUCGUUACACCCAUUGCAUUCAGUCUAGGUUUCUUGCUUGUCAUUGGAAACAUGAUUGCAAAGAAUUACAGAAUAUACCGAAUAUUUAAUAAUAUAUUUAUUACAAGAAAUGUUAUCACAGACACGCAUUUGAUUCGAUCUGUGGUAGCUAUUGUAGGGCUUGAUAUGAUUAUACUAGUCGUCGGUUUGGUUGUAGCAACACCAAUACCUGCCAAAAUUGAAGUUUCCUAUUCAAGUCACUAUUGGACAUGUGUAGUCGAGGACAAUAGUAAAAAGAUUGUCUUUUUGGUUUUAAACACGUCCUAUGCUGCCUGUUUACUUCUCUUUGCUACCUUCUUGGCAUACAAGACAAGAUUUGCUGGUAAACAGUAUUACCGAUACAGUGAAUGUAAACAAAUGGGACUAUCUGUCUACAACAUUCUUUUCUCGGCACUUGUAGGGUUUGCAGUCAUUGUGAAUCCAUUGGCAGACUUUUAUACAAAAUACUACAUUACUGUGAUCUCCAUGCUUUGGGCAAACACAUUUUCGCUUCUUAUCCUCUUUUUUCCCAAGAUUCAAGCUUUCUAUCAAUACAAGCUGAAAGAAAAGAGAAAGAGAGAAUCAGAGGAGAAGAGAGAACAAAAGUCUAUCUUUUCAUUUUUGCAACCUGACGAAUCAACAGGAGCAGGGGAACUGAUGAACUUGGAGCAAAUUUUGGCAGUAGACGGACCUGUAACGGGUCAACGUAAGCCAAGCGCUGUGAGCACUGCCUCUACUGCAACAGAUGGAUGUAAAUUCAUUGAGGUACAUGAAGGUGAAAUGCCCAUACGUAAAGUAUUUCGAUAUUUUCCGUACCUGUCACAGUGGGAAAUGCAUCAUGUCAUGGUGUUUCCUUGGUUAGGCUAUUUUUCACAUUAUUCCAAAGAUGCAAAGAAAGGAAUGGUCAUGUCUUAUACUGAAGCAACCGUGUAUUCUGCUAGAUUAGAAGACUAUGUUCUAAAAAUCCAUGGACAAGGCCUAUAUGAUAUGCAUAUCCAGCUGCCCACACUGACUUCAUUACACACUUGGCAUCAAUGCUUUAAUCAAAGGAAACCAGAUUGUAUCGAUGGUGCUACAAAGCGUAAACUAAGCUCCACUACAAACACGGCGGAAGAAGAUCAACCAAAUCAUCAUCAUACUUUAUUGGAUUCUAGCAUAUCACACAACUGUUUACUGCAAAAUGAGCAUCAAUAA